ACCGGGAGCGCGGCUGUCGCCUCAGCUUCAGCCGUUCUGCGGACUUAGCGCCAUGGCAGACCAGUCUUUUGUGACUCUAGCCACAAAUGACUCCUAUGUGAAAGGAGCACUGGUACUUGGUUCAUCCUUGCAACAGUACAGAACAACAAGGAAGCUGACUGCACUCAUAACUCCUCAGGUCUCUGAUCCUAUGAGGAAAGUGAUGGAAAAAGUCUUUGAUGAAGUCAUAUUGGUAAAUGUCUUGGACAGUGGGGAUUCAGCACACUUGGCAUUAAUGAAAAGACCUGAGCUGGGUGUCACACUAACAAAGCUUCACUGCUGGGAACUGACACAGUUUUCAAAAUGUGUGUUCAUGGAUGCAGAUACAAUGGUUUUGUCAAAUAUCGAUGAACUUUUUGAGAGAGAAGAGCUGUCUGCAGCGCCAGAUCCAGGCUGGCCUGACUGUUUUAAUUCUGGAGUUUUUGUUUACCGACCUUCCAUUGAAACAUACAAUCAGCUGUUACAGUUUGCCACAGAGAAAGGCAGCUUUGACGGUGCAGAUCAGGGGUUAUUAAACACCUUCUUCAGCAGCUGGGCGACAACAGACAUGAGCAAACAUCUACCAUUUAUUUAUAAUUUGAGCAGCACUUCAGUAUAUUCCUACCUUCCAGCAUUUAAAGCGUUUGGUGCAAAUACUAAGGUGGUGCACUUCCUGGGAAGUACAAAGCCAUGGAACUAUACAUAUGACUCCAGAACAAAAAGCAUAAAAGGCAAGAUGGAUGACUCUAAAAUAGUUCACCCAGAAUUCCUCAACAUGUGGUGGGACACCUAUCUAGCUCAUGUUUUACCAUUACUAGAACAGCAUGGAGUUGCUAAAGAAGCCACAGGUGUAAACAUGCUAUCGGGCUUGGUCUAUGCUCUGGCUUUCUCUUGUGGCUUCUGUAGAGAGGCAGAGGUUACAGAGGCAGUAUCUCACAUAUCAAUAUCAACACCACCAGUAUUACCAAUUGUAUCUUCAGAAGAACGCAAGGAACGGUGGGAACAGGGCCAAGCUGAUUAUAUGGGAGUGGAUUCCUUUGACAACAUCAAGAAGAAACUUGAUACCUACCUUCAGUAGAAAUGCCCGUCUCAAACAGUGGUGAUGCAAGGACUUGUUCCAGAACUAACAGCUAGAAAGGUGUAGAUGGUGGUCAGUUACACUUGCUAGUAGCUUGUUGAAAAACUUCUUGGCUGAAGGCCUCUGCAGUGCUACAGAUGAAGACUGAGCAAAAGCUAGGAAGCAGAAUUCCUUGGGCCACCUAUAACUGCCCAAUUUCCAAUUCUCCCUACUAGAUAAAACCAGGUAUUUUCAGCUUAAAUUUUCCUUCUCUUUUGAUCAAUUGGCUCAACGUAUUCCUUGCAAACUGGGUUUGUUACCUCACCUCAUUAAGGUGAUUUAGCAUUGAUUCCUUUGCUUGCUGUUUUAGAUGUUAAAAAGAAAAAAAAAUCUCUUUCAUGGGAUUGCUCAUACACUGGAGUGGUAGCCAGUCUGCUUUACCAUACAUGUAUUAAUGCCACUGGGAUACAGACAGAUGUAAUAGUCAUAGCACUGCUUUGCUCUUCCAGUCACAAUUGCACUGAAGUUUUGACCAGGUUCUUACGCACAGUGCCUACAGCAUGGCAGAAUGCCUUUUUCAGUUCUGUAUACUAUGGGACUAGUAAACUGGGUUUAUCUGUUACCUGCAAUGUUGCACUUGAUACAAAAAUAAAAUGUUGUCAUGCAUUUCUGGC